AUGCUUUUAUAUCUUAAUGAUUUACAUUUACAAAGUCCUCACAACAUUAAUAUUUUAAGUUAUCUUACUGAGAUUAGUUUCUACAAAGGCCUUUACAAGUAGAGUAUUGAUUGGGCAGAAAAAAUAUUCAAAUAUGAUAAGAGAAAUGAAAUCGCUCAUUUAACAAUGGGCUCUUUGUUCUAUUAAUAUAGAAACUGCAAACAAGCUGACUAUCAUUAUUCUAUAGCUUUAGAUCGAUAAUUAUCUGAUCCAAGAAAAUUAAGUAUGAAAUUGAGUUAACUAGCUCACGAAUGCAAUGAUUUCAUUUUAUCUUAUGACCAUGUCUUAAAUGCAACUGACAUUGAGUCACUCUAAUCCUCUUACUAAACAGAACUUAUGAUAAAAGCUAUAGAAUCUCUUAAUUACAACUAUACUACUAAGUUAAAUUACAAUUUGCAAAAACUGAUUAUUUAUAAUAAUGUUUCUAAGAGUUUUUAACUUCCAGAGUAUGCAAGCUGGCUUAGCUUGUUCUUGGAUAUACCAGCUGAAAUUAGAUAUAUUGCUCAUUAAAAUUAUGCAAAUUAAGUUUAAAUUGAUUCUAUGAGAUGGGCUAAUGAGUUUUUUGGCUUUACUAAAUUUGUUUACAAUCAACUUAAAGACAAAAGAAUCUAUAACAGGAAAAUAAAAAUUGGUUACGCAACUCCUGAUUUUGGGAAAAAUGCUAUUCAUGAUCAACUUACUCCUAUUAUAAUAUUUCAUGAUAAAAACUCAUUUGAACUACACUUUUUCCACUUGAACAGAGGAUAUCUAAACUCAGAAUAAAUUCAGCACAUAAAAUAAUUCGGAACUUAUCAUGAACUUUAUAGCUUGAACGAUUAUGAAGCUGCUACUUAUAUUAAUAAUAUUGAGAUCGAUAUACUCAUUAACCUUAAAGGAUAAAGUUACAAUAAUAGAAUGGCUAUUUUUGCAUUUAAGCCAGCCCCAUUAUAGAUAGGGUUGUUAAUAUACCCUCAUUCAAGUGUUUCAAAUUUUAUACAAUAUGUGAUAGCAGACAAGAUUAUUGUUAAUAAAGAUAAUAGGAAAAUGAUAAAGGAGAAGAUUAUAUUUAUGCCAGACAGUUACUUUGAGAUUUAGCACAAGUACUAAAUUAGAGAAGUCCUCUGGUCUAAUAGCUAAAGACCCAGCAGAUAAAGUCUUGGACUGCCAAAAGACAAAUUUAUCUUUGCUGUUUUUAGCUAACUUUUUUAGAUUGAUAAUUUAUCAUUAAAUACCUGGUUCGAGAUUAAGAAUUAGGUACCAGAUAGCAUUCUUCUCUUUAAUUACUAUUCUAAGGAGUCUUAAUAAGCUAUUAUAGAAAAAGCGAAUUUUUAUAAUGUAUCUUUGCAGGAAGUUUACUUUAUCACAUAAAUCUAAGACGACGUAAAAACAAAUGUAAAUCGUUUGCAUGUAGCUGAUCUUGCUCUUGAUACAAUAAAUUUGAAUGCUCGUAUGGUUAAUGCAGAUUGCCUUUGGUCUGGAUUGCCAGUAUUGACUUAUUAGGGUUUAGACUGGGGAAAUAGAGUUGGAGCAAGUUUUUAUUAUGGCUUGGGAUUUAAAGAUGAAUUGAUUGCACAUAGCAUCUAAGAAUAUAUUGAUAAAGCUGUUGAAUUAGCAACUGGGUAUGCUGGAAGCUAUGAUGAUUUAAAAAGUCUAUAAGACUCUUAUUUGGCUUUUAAAAGAAACGGUUCCUUCUAGUUAAAGCAACUAAGAUAGAGAUUAGAAUCUGAUAGAGAUGAGGAAUCCCUUUUUGACAGUGAAAAAUGGACUAAAAAUUAUGAGAAGGGAAUAAAAGAGGCUUGGAGGUUAUACAUCAAGUAUCGAAAAGUAGAAGAUAUAGAUGUUUCUUAUCUACCAUGA